AUAUCACUAGUAGAAAAAUGACUUUUGGUUUGGAGAUACCACUACCGGUAUGUGAAUACCAGUAGUGAAAUACAUUUGACCAAAGGAUUCCACUACUGAUAUUUUGAAAACGGUAGUGGAAAGUUCAGAGACAAGGGAUUUCACUACCGGCUUUGCUAAAUCCGUAGUGGAAAGUAGACACGGUGGCAAUGUCGUAAUUACGUGCAAAAUUGUUUUAAUUAUCUUCCACUACCGAUCUAGGAUUCACCGGUAGUGGAAUCCUAAUAGUGUUAUUAGUUUUUUCAUAUUCCCACUUUCCACUACCGAUCUAGCUUAUCACCGGUAGUGGAAUCCUAAUAGUGUUAAUUAUAUUUUUCAUUCUUCCCAAUUUCCCUCAUUCUGCAAACGCGAAGAAGAACACACUCUCCAAUCCAAUCGUCCCAAUUCUAGUUCUCCCUAAUUUGUUCCUCAAAUCGUCCCAAUUUCUUCAAAUCAAACACUCUCCAAUCGUUCUCCAAUCAUUCUCCAAUCUCUCCAAUCUCCAAUCGUCCCAAUUUCAUUCGCGGUUUCAUUCUCCAAACCCUAGACGGAACGACGAACCUGCAAACGCUUAAUCGCCUCCAAAUCUCUUCGUUUUCAUUCGGUAAAGGGGUGGAGCUGUUUUCUGUGUUAGGCGGUGGUUGCUGCUCCUACGUGUUGACUGCUGCUGUUUAGGGGCUGGUGUUGCUGUUUUUUGGUGUUGUCCUCUUUGUUUGAAGUUAGAAGGUUCAAUCACGGUCUCAUCUACAGAUACGAUAUGGCUGAUUCAACCGGCAACUCUGCUGAAACUAGUCAAAGUAAUAAAAAAAGUGUUAGAGGUCCCACUAUGUUGAAAGCAAUUGAAAACGUUCGUAAAACGGGUAUAAAGAUCCCUCUCCAGUUUGAUCUAGAAACUGGAGAGUGUUAUGGUAACAAUGCCUCCCAUUUUAAGAGUUACGUAGCACUUCUUACUCGAGAAAGAUGCAGUAUUGCGAAAGAGUUGUGGAAACAUAUACCUGAAGGAGUAAAGAAUGCUAUGUGGACAGAUAUUAAGGCUAUUUUUGUUAUACCUGAGUUUGAUGAUGCAAAAAAGAGUGAUCAUUUUAAGAAAAUAUGGUUUCACUAUGCGGGGGAGCGAUGGAAAGAUUUUAAAUCACGGUUGACUAGAACUUAUAUCACAGACCCCAAACCAGAUGACGUUCCUCCAUACGUCAAGUAUCCUUACAUCAAAAAAGAUAUAUGGGAAGAGUUUGUGAAGUAUCGACAGACCUCUGAUUUUAAGGAAAAAAGUCAAAAGGGUAGGGAGAAUCAUGCAAAGAAUGUUUACCCACAUGUAUUAUCCCGUGGCGGGUAUAAGAGGCUCGAGGAGCAGAUGAUCAAUGAAAAGAGACAAUCCUUAUCGAAAGAUAGUUCUGGCUUAACUGAUGAUGAUCGUCAUCCAUCUCCACCGGAACGCUAUGAGACAUGGACGAGAGCACGACAAAAGAAAGGGGGAGAAUUCACAUCUGAGCCUGUAAAAAAAGUUGCUGAGAAAAUUGAGAAAAUUGUUGAAGACUCAAAAAAGGGUGACUUUGUUCCAACGGGACGUCACGAUGUCCUAACAGAAGCCAUUGGAACACCUGAGCAUGGUGGUAGUGUUCGUGGUGUUGGAAAAAAACAUAACAUUACCACUUACUGGGGAAGAUCAAAGGUUUCACGUCAAAGACAAGGUAUAGAUGUCAAAGAGCAACUAGCAGCAUUUAAAGCAGAUUUGGAAGCUAAGUUUGAGGAAAAGUUGGCGCAAGAGCGUAAGAUGAUGCAAGAUUCUCUUAUGGAGACACUAAAGUCCAUGGGUUUAUCCCAAACCUCUGAUACAAAUAAUAGAGUCAUGGUACCUGAAGCUUGUGCUGAACAAGUUGUUGUCACCGGAAGCGCAAAAGGGAGUUGUUCUCCUGCACCGGUCAAGAUGCAAAAUGAACUCAAGGAGGUUGUUGUCACUGAAAGCGCAAAAGGAAGUCGUUCUCCUGCACCGGUAGCAGAGGCUGAAGAUAACAUGGACGAUGUUCAGAAAUUGUUAAUCAUGGUUCUGAAAAAGGGUGAUGAUCAUUUGGAUGUACAAUUAACUCAUUGUUCAAUGUGUACUAAUUUUCUCAUGUCUUGCAAGUGUAUAAGAGAGUUGUUGGUGGGUUUUAUUUGGCUCGACAUGAGUACUCUAAGUGUUUGGUGCUCGUACAUUCAUCGUUUAUGCAUUGAAAACAACACCACAAAUGUAUAUGGAAUUUUGGAACCAAGUUUUCUGAACAUUGUUGGUGAUGCUGGGAAAAAAAGUGAUCAGAGAAUAUCUCAAAGUAAAUGCAAGAAAUACAUCCAGCAUAAGUUAGAAAAUGAAAAGAAAGAGUGUCAAUUAUUACCAUUUAACCAUGGAGGACAUUGGCAGUUGAUAAUACUUUGUCCAAAGAUAAAUACCGUGGUUGUUAUUUGUUCACUACAUUGGAAACUUAAUCCAAUAAUGGAGAAAAUUGUUUCAAGUGUUUUUACGGUUGAUCAAAUGGCGAAUGGCAAUAGAAAGAACAAUACCGUAUGGCUUUAUCCACAAGCGAGGAAACAAUAUAAUUCAAAUGACUGUGGAUACUAUGUAAUGAAAAAUAUGUUGGACAUUGUCACUGCUAAGAUAACUGAUUCUUGGAUGGAGGUAUUUAAUGACCCAAAAGAGUUAACAGCUGAGGAGAUGUAUGAAUUGCGAUUACGUUGGUCAACAUAUUUUUUGUCGUUAUUGGAGGGUUAAGAUUUAUCUGGGUGAUGAGGAAUUGGUUAUUAGCUUUAGUUUGAGUCUUGGAAGCAGAUCAGGUGAUGGAAUUGGUAAUUUGGCUCGGGUGCAUCCCACUGUUUUGGACUUGCUGUUUUGGACUGUCAUGGAAUUGGUAGUUUGAGUUGCUGUUUUGGAAUUGGAUAGAGCUAGUUUUGAUUUUUGUGUAUAUUAGGGGGCUGUAUGCUUGGAAUUAGAAUAGAUAUAAUUAGUGAUAAUGUUAAGUUUUGUGAUUUUAAUGUAUUGAAUGUGUAACUUGUUAGGAAUUGACAAUGAAUUGUGGAAAAUAAUAUUCGAAAUUAUGACAAUUUUCUUUUGCGU